GAUUAUUUGAUUAUUGAAUAAUGGAACUCUUCGAGAUAUUAUGCGGCAUUGCCGUUAUAAUUCUCGGUCUUUAUUAUUUCCUUACAUCAUCCUACGACUUUUGGAAAUCGCGUGGCGUUCCUGGUCCACGACCGAUACCGGGAUUCGGUAAUUUUAAAGAUAUUAUGCUUAUAAAGCUAUCCAUAGGUGAUUAUUCGCUGAAAGUAUAUAACGAUUACAAAGACGAACCAAUGGUUGGGAUAUACUCUAGGAAGACACCUAUCCUUGUAAUAAAAGAUCCAAAUUUAAUUAAAGAUGUCCUCAUUAAAGACUUUCCUACAUUUGCUAGUAGAGGAAUACCUACUUUUGACAAGGCCGACCCGCUAUCGCAACAUCUUUUCUCUUUGGAGCCAAAGAGAUGGCGACCAUUAAGAAUAAGAUUGUCGCCUGUUUUUACAUCUGGUAAAUUGAAGGAGAUGUUCUCUUUAAUAUCCAAAUGCGCUGAUCAUCUUGUUCAAUAUACAGAAAAAGUCGCAAGUAAAAAUGAACCCAUUGAAUGUCGCGAAUUGACAGCUAAAUAUACGACGGACGUUAUCGGUAGCUGCGCUUUUGGCAUUGAAAUGAAUUCAAUGUCGGAUGAAGACGGCGAAUUUCGUAAGAUGGGCAGAAAGAUAUUUACACCGAGCUGGUCAAAUGUCAUGCGAGCCAGAUUUAGGCAAAUGAUGCCGGGGCUAUACAGCAUACUCGGUUACAUUCUGCCACAAUCAGAAAUUACCAAAUUCUUUAUACGUGUUAUUAUGGAGAGCAUAGAUUACAGAAAUACGCAUAAUAUUACUAGGCACGAUUUCAUUGAUAUACUACGUGAAUUAAAAAAGAAUCCGGAUAAAUUAGGUGAUAUCAAGUUGACGGAUAGUUUGAUAGCUUCUCAAGCAUUUGUAUUUUUCCUUGCCGGCUUUGAAACUUCAUCAACAACUAUGAGUAAUGCGCUCUAUGAGUUAGCAGUAAAUCCGAAAGUACAAGUCAAAUUACGUGCAGAAAUUGACGAAAGCUAUGUGAAACAUGGUGGAAAUUUAACAUAUGACAAUGUCAAACAAUUGGAUUAUUUAGAUAAAGUGUUUAAAGAAACUUUACGAAAAUAUCCACCAGUGACAAUUCUUAUGAGAGAAUCUACAUCAAAUUAUACUUUUGAGGAUACUAAAAUUAGUAUACCAAAAGGCACAAGGAUAUGGAUUCCUAUUUAUGCAAUUCAACGAGAUCCGAAUAUUUAUCCAGACCCUGAUGUCUUCGAUCCAGAAAGAUUUGAUGAUGAAGCUAUGGAAAGUAGACACUCGAUGGUCUACUUACCUUUCGGCGAUGGACCGAGGAAUUGCAUUGGUUCUCGCUUCGCUGUUUAUCAAACCAAAAUCGGGCUUAUAAAAAUAUUACGAAAUUAUAAAAUUGAAACUUGUGAGAAAACUCAGAAGCAUUAUGUAAAUAAUCCUAAGGCCUUUUUAUUAGCACCAAAAGAUGGAAUACAUUUAAAAAUAAUUAAAAUUGAUCGAAUUUAGUGUAAAUUUUCUUUUAUUUUUUCAAAAAAUAUACAUGCUAAAUGAAAUGGAGAAAAUGUUGAUCAACAUUAAUGAGAGCCAUUGUAAUCUUUAUUAAUAUUCUUUCAAUUGUCCAUAUUAUUAGUUUCUAAUUAGAUAGUUUAAGUUUAUACUCAUAUAUAGAUAUAAUAAUAUAGAUAUAAUAAUAACCACCUUUUU